AUGAGGCACGACGAAUAUGAUUCGCCUGCCUUUAUCAGCAACACCCUUCACCUGCAUAACGCGCCCAAUGCGCCCUACUGUUCUUCACUAGCGACCUCAGCCUCAGCCUCGUCCGGCUCUGUCUGGUCUGUCGCAUCCUCUCAGAAUUCCCUCGACACGACUAUUUCCGCGCCCACCUCCGACUGCGACUCCCAGUUGGCUUUCUCUUCUCAACUUUCCGACGCUUCUUGCGCGCCAGCACGCAAUGUCGAGACUGUCCCAUCCGAACUUCGAAAGAACCCUCGCCGGACCAGCCACUCGGCAACUUCGCGCUCCGGAUGCCCUCCGCAACUAGUUCGACAGGUCGACCGAAAGGUCAACUUUGUUGACAACCUUGUCGAUUCAUCGACGCAGAUUGUUGAGGCCAUCUGGCCAACCUCGUCGGUCAUCUGUCGUAAUGAUGGCGGGAGCAGCGGCAUGCUGUCUCUGCGCACCUUCAUCCAAGAGACGCUUCGCAGAUCUCGUACCAGCUACUCGACGCUGCAAGUUGCUCUCUAUUAUCUCAUCCUGAUCAAGCCUCACGUCCCAGACCAUGAUUUCACCAUGGAACAGCCCGAGGAUUCCCAUGCCACCCGCGCCCUGCAGUGCGGCCGAAGGAUGUUCCUUGCUGCUCUGAUCUUGGCCUCCAAGUAUCUGCAGGAUCGUAACUACUCUGCCCGAGCGUGGAGCAAGAUAUCCGGCCUGGCGACCCAGGAAAUUUUCCAGAACGAGAUGGCUUUCCUUCACGCUGUAAACUGGAGCCUGCACAUCACUGAGGAGGUCUACAAUCGUUGGACCGACUGUGUCAUGCGAUUUACCCCUCCACAGCCGCCUUCGCCCGGCGGUGCUGCUCAGCUGCACUUCGAGCGACAGUGCGACGACUUCAAGAAGAUCAUCUUGCAGCUCACCCCCGAGUUGGACAACGUGGACGACCUGGCUCCUUGUACGCCCGCGUCUGCCAAAUCGCAUGACUUCUCGGUCGUCUCCCCAAGGUCUCUCCUUUCUGCCAGGUCCGAGCGACCUUGCUACUUCGGGUAUGAAGCGGCCGACCAGGCCACUCCGAUGCCCAAAUCGUUUGGUACGCCUCUGCCUAUGGAGCCUCAUCCGGCUGCGGGAUACACUGCCGGUCGGGUGGCUCCGGCACUAGGCCUUCUACCUACGCCGAGGCUCACGCCUCAAUCCGCUGAACUCAGCACUCCUGCCGCGAGUGCUGCGACCACUAUUCUCGGAAAGUCGUCGUCGAUGGGCCUGGCACUGGCGCAAGCCUCGCAGUAUCAUGCGACCCAAGCUCUCGACCGGUGGGCUGCCCCACAGGACACAUCUCCGCAGGGUUACUUCACGACCCGCCGUUCCUCGCUCGCCAACUCGAUCUCCACCGCUUCUUCUCCCGAGUCAAUGGUUUCGGAUUCGUCCCGAACUUCACGCUCUUCUUCCAUCUCAUCUGCUUCUUCGCUGGUCAGCGCGCCGUCAACCAAAUUGGAUGUUCAGGCGCGAUACCGGUAUGCGAAGCUUUGUGGUGAGAGGCUGAGCCUGAAACCUACUGUUGCCUCGGUCCCAGAAGAUUACGAGGAGAACCGUAUCAGCUCGUCUCCCGAUUCUUACACCGGCCCGGUGGCUAAGGAUAUGGUUGACAUGUCGCUGGAUACUCCCCUGGCACAGAGAGAGCGCGAGAUGGACGACGCCGCCCGAGCUCUGCAAGAUUUGCACAACUCUCACCGCAACCUGCCUGCUCAGCAGCAGCCUGUCGCCGUCAAGGCCGGCUCAAAGCGCAGCCGCCCGCUGUCUAUGGACAACUCGCUCCAAGACAAUGUCCGCGACAUGUUGAAGGGUCAGCUCACUCGUGAGCGCUCGUGGCCCGAUACGUUGGUGCGGCCUAGACUGGAAAUCCGCACAAACUCUGACAGCCAGCAAAUCCCUGUGAGGGCAAAUCUGAACGAGGGUCGCAAGCGUGUCUGUUGCUCCGCCGAAGCCUUCCAGCCUUAUGGCAUGUCCUCACUCCACUCCGCUAUGGGCGGCGUGGGCGGACCUGGUAUGUGGGCUGGUAUUCUCAACUAG